UAUCUUUCAUGAUGUAAACAUGUUGAACAGAGUCAUUAACAAUAGUAACUAUUCUCCUAUUUUGUGGCAGUCAUUUCGAUGUCUCAUCUCCAGACAAUGUCACAACUCUCCAGGGAACACCACAUAUGUGCAGGGACAAUCACCAGAGAAGAGAGUGCGAGAAUACUUCUACUACAUCGACCACCAAGGAAUGCUCUUCUUGGAUGAUGCACGCAUGAAGAAUUUUACAUCAUGCUUCAAAGAGAAGAAGUUUCUUAAGUUCUUCUACAGCCAGAUAAAGCAGAAUAAAACAGAUCGUUAUAGAGAAUUCCCCUUUCUUUCACCUUGUGGUCGUGAGAGGAACUUCAUUAGGUGUGAUGACUUACCAUGUGUCUUCACGCACCUGAUUUUAAAGGACACACCAACAGGAAAGGAAGAGCACCUCUCAUAUGGUAAUGCAGGUGACCUUAUGACUGUCCCUUUCCAGCCAUCAGAAAUUUGCAUGCAGAUUGAGACGGGACGAGUGUACCACCCUGCUCCAGAGCGGUUUGGAGGUGUGGGCCUUGUGAAGUCGAAGUUGGCCAUUCAGUUGUCUAAUCACUUUGUAUUUGCAAAUAAUGAAGAUCAGCCACCAACACAUAUUCAGUGGAAGGAUCAGACUAUUGAACUUUCUGAGAGUUUGGUGCCAGUACUUCAAAGAUUAGAAGAUGUAAGGAAAUAUAGUUUGGGUUUGGUAGAGGAAAUGUAACUUUUUCAUCUUUUUCUUUCAUAAAUAGUGAUUGGUGAAAUAUGCUAACCAAAGUGUUUAAUUCUUGGAAUAUACUUUUUACAGUUGUUGAGGUAUGUGGUGUAACAUUUUCAUGACUAUACAGUAUGUGCACAAUGGCUCCAAAUAAUUGAAACAUGGUGUUAAAUUUUGGGUAUUGUAAAUAACUACUGAUAUUAGAUAUCAUUAUUUUUAAAGUUA